AUGAUCCUCAUCGUACUCUCAAUCCUCUCCACAUCUGCUGUUGUUUUCAUCUCAGCUUCCAUUUACACUUCCAAGCCCGUCUCUUUCUUAUCCACAAUGUCCGCUAUUCCAAACUUGUUCUCACGUCUCUUUAAGACCUUCCUCUGCAUUUCUUUCGUAUUGACUCUUUACAACCUGCUAAUUCUCCUUGUUAUUAAUCUUGUCACGUUCCCCGAAUCCGAUAAAAUCUUUAUCAACGUACUCUUUAUCUUCCUCAUAUUCGCUGUAGCACUGGCACUCUUUCAUGUUCAAGUUUACAUUACUGCAUUGUGUUUUAUGGCUAGUGCGGUUUCUGUUCUUGAACCUGUUAAUGGGUUUUCUGCAUUUAAGAAAAGUUACCAGCUUUUGAAGGGAAAAAAAACGAUGGUUUUCUUUUUGAUGUAUUCUUAUGUGAUUCUUUCUGGUAUUGUGAAUUGGGGUUCUGGAAUUGUGGUGUUUGGUGAGGUGGGAGAUGUACUCAGUUUGGUGUUUAGGAUUGCUUAUGGUGGAUUUUUGGUUGGUUUGCUUGUGGUUGGGAAUUUGGGUGGUUUAGUGACGAUAAGUGUGUUUUAUUAUGUUUGCAAGAGUUAUCAUUGUGAAACAAUUGAUAAGACUGCACUUUUUGAUCAUCUUGAAGGAUAUCUUGGGGAAUAUGUGCCUUUGAUGAGUACUAGUAAUAGUAGUAGUACCAUUCAAAUGGAGAUUGUGAAUCUAUAG